AUGCGAAUACUGGGUGAUACCCCAACUAGGAUUCUUGAUCCGAACGAUUAUUUAGAAUCAAUACGUCCGUUUACCUUGGAGGUGCAGAAUAGCCUCUGUGCGCGCCAUGGGAAUAACACCACUCGUUUGCUUGCGGUCACGAUUCACCCCGACAAGCAUUCCUAUUUCGUUGUCGACCUUAACAAUACCGACUAUGACUACCAAACCGCCCACGAAUGCAAGUCACCGGUACCGGUCUAUGUCCUCCGCUUAUCAUCAAAAAGAAAACCCACGAUCAGUCGACGAAGAGUGCUGGAUUCAGCAAUCGCAGAGACUCUUGGGAAGCUGCACGAUGACCAUGGUCAAGACCCCCUGCCUUUGUUUGACAAUCACUGCGACAGUAAUCGUUAUUACGGCAAUCCACGGAGCCUCCGGCAUUGA